CGGGGUGACAGGCAUCGGGCCCCCCGGCGGGGCGACAGGCAUCGGGCCCCCAGGAGGGGCGACAGGCAUCGGGCCCCCAAGGGAGCGGUGGGCAUCGGGGCCCCCAGGAGGGGCGACAGGCAUCGGGCCCCCAGCGCAGAGCGGCGGGCACCGGACCCCCAGGCGGAGCGACAGGUCUCGGGCCCCCAGGCGGAGCGGCGGGCGCCGGACCCCCAGGCAGAGCGACAGGUCUCGGGCCCCCAGGCGGAGCGGCGGGCGCCGGACCCCCAGGCGGAGCAACAGGUCUCGGGCCCCCAGGCGGAGCGGCGGGCGCCGGACCCCCAGGCGGAGCGACAGGUCUCAGGCUCCCAGGCGGAGCGACAGGUCUCAGGCCCCCAGGCGGAGCGGCGGGCGCGCGGACCCCCAGGCGGAGCGACAGGUCUCAGGCCCCCAGGCGGAGCGGCGGGCACCGAGUCACCAGGCACGACAGUGGGGCACCGAGUCGUCUGGCAAGACUGCGGGCACCGAGCCGUCUGGCAAGAC